AGAUUACUUCCGGUGUACAUUCGAGAAACGGGAAACGACACUCGCGUGCUCAUGUUAAUCUUUUUUUAACAAGUAAACUGAACUAUCGCGAAAUUUUGGUUAAUUAUCGACUGAAGUUCCUCCAGGCUUCAUCUGUACAUUACUGACAGGAAAAUAUGGCCAAAUGGGGAGAAGGCGAUCCAAGGUGGAUUGUUGAAGAGCGGCCCGACGCAACAAACGUAAACAACUGGCAUUGUAUGUUAUUAAAUUUAUCUAAAAAUUUAAGGGUGGAAAAAAAUGCCUCGACUUGGUCUAAAGACAAGUUAAAAGAAUUGUUAGUUGGGUUAAAGGUUAAAGAUGGUACAGGAGAAUGUGAAAUAAAGGAAUUAUCAAAGAUAGAAGGCGAGGCAUCAGCUAAUAACAGGAAAGCCAAAUUGAUAUUUUUUUAUGAGUGGGAAAUCAGUGGAAAAUGGUCAGGUUUUAUAGAUGAAACAGAAACAACAUAUAAAGGAGAGUUUGAAAUACCUAAUCUUAGUGAAGAAAAUGAUCCUGAUGAGAUAGAGAUUCGUGUAACAUGUGAUAAUACGUCUGAUGAAGCAUAUAAAGUUAAAGAAAUAAUGAGAAGGACUGGAACACCCAUAAUACAAGCACAGAUAGCUAAAUAUAUCAAAGAUCUUAGAGAAGAAUAUAGUCAAGGAAUUGUCUUGCCAACUAAAACAUUGGGAGGAACAACUAAAAUAACAGAUAAUAAUAUCGGCACGGAGAAUAUUGCUAAGAAAGAAAUGAAUAAAAUAAUUCAUAAGAAAGCAGAUUCAAAAGAUACAGGCACAAAAAUACGAACAAAAACAUUGAAAUCAAAAGAAGAAUUUAAAUGUCGAGCAUCUGAUUUAUAUAGAGCAUUAACUGAUCCUGGGAUGGUUUCAGCUUUCACAGGAGCAACAGCUAUAGUCGAAGCAGAAAAGGGAGGUAAAUUUUCUUUAAAUGGUGGAAAUAUAAGUGGAGAAUUUAUUGAAUUGAUUCCUAAUAAAAAGUUAGUUAAAAAAUGGCGUGUGAAAUCGUGGCCAGAUGAACAUUAUUCUACUGUGACGAUAGAAUUAACGGAAAAAGAAGACUGUACCGAUUUACAUAUACAACAAGUAGGAAUUCCUGAUGCUGAUUAUGAUAGAACUGUUCAAGGCUGGCAAAAUCAUUUUUGGGAGCGCAUAAAACAAGCGUUUGGAUUUGGAGUGCGCUUAUUUUGACACAUAUGAGAUAUUUUAGGUUAUUUAUCAUCGGCUGAAAACUGUGGAACAAUCCAUUCAUCAUGUGAUCACAUCUCGUUGUUUUAUUGGCUAUUGAAACAGUCAACUACAGAUGUGAAAAAUACGAAAGAAAGAUGUGAAAAAAUUUGUGAAUUCAGUAAAGUGAAAAAUAUUUAUUGUAGACAGAUAUUUGCUUGAAAACUAAUCUUUUCACAUUGUAUACAACAUUAUUCCAUAUUUUUCACACUUCAAUAUUAAGAAUAUGUGUGUGUUCUGAAGUGGACUUCAAUAAAAUCUUUUAUUAAAAUUAAAAGGGCAUUUAUUACAGCUUUUAUCAUUGAUGUCUAAAGAUUGGAUGACGAGGACUGCAAAUUCUAGUUUCAUUUUUCAAUAUAAACAAAAAGAACAAAACUAUCAAAUGUUUGUCUCAAAAUACGUGAUUAGUAGAGACCAAUGUCCAUUAAAUGACAGCAACAAAAUAUACGGUUUUAUGGCAAAUUUCCAUCAUGCUUGUCCCAUCUUCAUUAUUCUACUCGGUUAAGGUGUGCGUGUUGCAUCAUGAGGUCUUUCAUUGAGUCAGGUGGCAUGGUUUCGAUUCCCCACUUGUACGUGAAAAAAAGUAAGGUCGCCUGUCCAACAACAUGGGUUUUCUCCCCACUCCCACCCCUUGUUGCAACUGUCCCACAAUGCUACUGCGCAUCACAAAAGAGAAUCUCUGCUGUUUUUAUGGGGUUGUGUUGAACCGUGCUCAGUGAAUAUAGGUCUACAGAACUGCCAUUUACUUCAUGGUUAAAACUAUCAUUUUUAGUUAUAGUACUUUGGAAGCUGUCACAUUUUUGGGACAUUGAACGUUAAGAUAGCAGCGUACAGGGUUAUUUUACAAUAGAAAGUUUUGAGACCACCCUGCUAAGCUAAUUUAAUUUUUAGAUCUCAAGAAUCUUGAUGAAGCAAAAGCCAUUCCUGUCACGAGAACAAUGUUUUGUUUAAUAUUUCAAAACUCAAAAAAUUAGAAGUAAAAGCUUUUGUGAAAAGAGCAUAAAGAAAAGAAAAAAAAACAAAAAAACAUUUGACCGGUGUUCCUGAAGAACAAAAAUUAAAGUAGUUUGGCAAUUUCAUAAUUAAUGUAUCUCAAGGUCUGUCAUUGAGUCAAAUGGCAUAGUUUCAAUUCCCCGGUUGUACGCAACGAUGGGUAGGGUCGCCUGUCCAACCUCGUUGGUUUUCUGCGGGUCCUCAGGUUUCCUCCCACUGCUAAAGACCCCUACGCACAAGCGAAUUAUUGAAAUAAAAUUAAACCAUAUGUUAGUCCUGAAAUGAUCUAGUCUGUAUCAGGAGACCUUAAACUACAUUUCUCUCUCUCUCCCAUAAUUAAUGAUGACUUUCAGGUACACGUAUCUCAGAAAUUGUUUGUUCUGAUAUGCCAUGAUUGCAUUUUAUAUUUAAUGUAUGUUUAUAUGAGAAUCUAUAUUUGUUAAAAAUAUGUGUGUUUUGUUGAGAAAUCAUAUUAUUUAAAUUAUUUUAAGCUUUGUAUUCUGGGCAUUAAUGCUGGCUUGACCACGAUACUGACAUUUGUAACAAUCCCAAAUUUAUUUAGGAUACUUUGGGACACCUCUCUCAAAUCAAAGUUCUUCGUCUGAAAUAUCCUCAAGUCAUUUAUGUUGAAUAAAUAAUAGUUAUUUCAUUUUGCUCAUUGAAAGAGCAUUCAAGUCAAAAUUUGGAAAAUGGACGUAACAUGUUACAUGUAAUUUAAGCAUCUUCUGAAUUCAGAUAUUCUUUCACUUCCACAAAGGAAGUUAAAAGAGGAGUUUUUAGCAAUUUAUGAAUAUACCAGGCCCUGAUUUCACAAAGCAUUCUCAGACUUAAGAAUAAUUUCAAGUUGAGUACAGUAUUAUUACUUUCAUUGUAUUCAGUUAGAGGACAUAGCAGGGUUAUAUUUACAAAUAUUUUUCCAAAAAUUGUAAUUUUUAUUAAAAUCUUUGAUGACUUGGCCAUAAGGAAUACUUGACUGUUGGUUGGUGUAUGGUUCAUUGCCUGGCAACCUAUGUUUCGGUAUUGUCACUUAAUAAGAACCGGAAAUGCAUGUAUUUAAAACUAUUAAAACCAUGUUUUUUUCUCACUACUUAUUUUGCUGCAUUAUGAUGGAUGAUGUCAAUUUUAAACCACCAUGGGCUGUUUGCUUUUCCCGAACUGAAUUCAAAGUCAUAUAUUACAAAACCAAAAUGUUAAUUUUAGGAUCUUAUUAACAAACAAAUUGUAAAGAACUAAGUAAUAGAUAAUGAAUGUCAAAUAUAGUGAAAUACAAACAUUCAGUGUGAAAUUAAGAAUUGCUGAAGUGUAAAAUGAAGAAUUGCUGAAGUGUGAAAUGAAGAACUGCUGAAGUAUGACUUUACAAAAAGUAAAUGGAUGAGCAAACAGCCCACAAUUGUACAUGUGAUAUGAAGUUUUGUUAGUUUUGGUGAUAAAAUUUAUGGAUUUGUAAA